UGAUUUCUGGCACACUUUUGAACUGUCUGUGACAAUGCCAGUGGUCAAAGUUGAGAAAGACUCUCCGGCAGACACUUUGUCUGAAUCCAACCCUCCACCACAGACAGAGGAGCAGCCCAGAGGUCGGAGGAGGAAGAGACCUCUUCAGCGAGGGAAGCCCCCCUACAGCUACAUUGCACUCAUUUCGAUGGCCAUAGCAAACUCCCCUGACCGCAAACUGACAUUGGGGGGCAUCUACAAAUUCAUCACAGAGCGCUUUCCCUUCUACAGAGAAAAUUCAAAGAAAUGGCAGAACUCCAUCCGCCAUAACUUGACUCUCAAUGAUUGUUUUAUCAAGAUCCCAAGAGAGCCGGGGCGGCCAGGAAAGGGCAACUACUGGGCUUUAGACCCAAACGCGGAGGACAUGUUUGAGAGCGGCAGCUUCCUUAGGCGGAGGAAGAGGUUCAAGCGCUGUGACUUGAGCACCUAUGCCUCAUACGUGCAUGAGACACCAGUUUUCUCUCCUGUCCAGAUUGCCAGAUCUGCUGCAUAUACCAACUCAGUUUAUCCCAACAUGACAGUCAGUCCGACAUACGGGCAGCAGCUGCCGUCCGCCUACUACCCCUCCUCAUCACCUCCUGGGUUCGGACCAAGCCAGACCCGCAUGUUCAGCAUCAAUAACCUCAUGGGACACCCGAGUCCAGCCAGCAUGCUGGGAGCUCAGGGGCCAGAGGUGAUGCAGCAGCCCAGCCGUAGCUUCAGUCCUGAGGGGCUUCAGAACGGAUCCAGUCCCUGCAGCCUGGGAGCUCCAGCUUUCCAGAGCCAACCAUGUGGAGGAGCUGUGCCAUCCCGAACCACUACACAUCACGGGUUCACCUACUCCGGGCCAAACGGCCACCCACACCACCAUGUACACCAGAGCUCAUAUGGACAGGGCCACACCCAGGGGUAUACAGCGACAGGACGCCUCCAUGCCUCAGCCCACGGGCCUGCAGAGUCUAUGGACCAUUACGGCAGGAUCUCCCCAGUGCAGCUGGGUUCUUUCUCCCAGUAUAACAGUGCUGCGGGUCCUAUCGGCAACACUGGGGGUUAUCUGAGACACCCCACAUACCCGGGGAAUAUGGACAGGUUUGUGUCUGCUAUUUGAGCUACUGAGAUCCCAGCAUCUCACUAUCUUUUUAACAGAACAUCAGAAGCUUGAGAUGCCACCAAGUGAGCCAGACAUUUCUGCACACAAACAUGACUGUUUUUCUUUGUUUCUGACGCUUAUUGAGGACAAAACUGAACAGACUGAUUACAGACACCUCUCUUGACACAACUGUGAUUUAUACCAUUAAUGCUUCAACCCAUUUUCAGUACUGAUGGUAAUUUACUUUUUGAUCACCCCUUUAAAUUUGGUUUUAAAUGUUAAGGCCUCUUCACAGCAUGUGGGAAUAUAAAAUUCACCUAAUUCAUCUUGGUUUGUUUUUUUGGGCUUUUUUUUUUUUAUUUUGGUCCUAACUUGAAUGUGCAAGUUAAAUAUUUACAUUACUGAUAAGUUUAAAUGACAGUCAUUGAAAUGUUACUAUAAAUUAUUGUGUUUCAUGGACAUAGGCUUGUAUGAAGAACGUAAGCUUCAGUGCAUUUGCAUGUAUUUUGUUGCCAAAUGAAAAUGCAUAUUAGGUUGUCUUUUUGGAAAUAAACAAUUAUACGGAACUUUUGUUCUUAAAGAAUAAAAUGUUUAAAUUAUUGAUGUAUUAUUGUUAUAACAAUUUAAGCAAUUGCGCCAAAAUUGUGCCAAAAAAAUCAGAAUUACAUCAGAUAUAUUUGCAAAUGUUAUUAUUAAACAAUGGUAUUUUACAAAAUAACAGCGACCAACAGAUCCAUCAGGAACAAAAAAUGCCAACAUCUGAUUCUUUUGUGUUUAUGUUGCUUUCUACACCGUUUCAGCUCAACUGGUUUGAAGUGUUGUCUGGAGCCACAGCAUAAGCAGUCACUGUGACCGGCCUAGGUUAUCAUGGCCAGACAUCUACGCAGCACUUAGACACACACAGUUAACCUACUACAUGGAUCUACUAAUCAAGAAAAUGAAUUGACUUGUAACUCAGUAUUUCAGCUUAUAAAAUUGAGC